AUGCCAGCUUACUUUCACGCAAACAAAUGCCUUUUCUAUGCACUUGGAAAUACUACUAAGAACUCACAGCCCCUAUUUAACACCCCAUUGAGCUGGUCCCUUGAAUCCAAGCGUGCUAAUCACGAUGCAUGGGCCAUUAUUGGUCCACAGUCCACACGAUUGAUAAAAGCGCUAUUUAAGCAAUCCGAUAAAUCAGUUCCAGCUACUGCGCUAUCUCACCCACUCGCUGAUUCCGCUAAAUGCUAUCCCUGGGAGACUUACAGCAUCGCAAACUUCUCCACUCGUUUACUCAGCUCUGCGGAUGGAUUUGUGGAUUAUACAGCACGUUAUGGCAGUCUGAGAGGCGAUGAGACGCAGACUGUGCUGUCAUAUCUGAUGAACAGAGUACCGAGGAAUGGAAGCAAUACAGAAAGCGAUACAGAUGACAAGGUGCUUGCUUUCGUCGCUGAAAUCGCUCACAAACUCGAUUUAAAGAAGCUGCUUGACCGCCCAUUGAUCGGUCUGAGUAACGGACAAUCGCGAAGACUGAAGAUUGCACAUGCAUUGCUGCUCCGUCGCAGUCUCUUGGUGCUUGAAGAGCCCUACACCGGUCUCGACCCACCAUCUCGCGCCAGACUGAGCCAGCUACUUGAGACUCUCCACAGAUCAAUGAGUCCUAAUGUUCUACUUCUUCUGAAACCCUCAGACUCUUUGCCUGACUACAUCACUCACGUCCUCCAAAUCAAUGACGAUGGUGUCAUUCAAUCGGGUCCUAAGGAUGAGGUGCUUAGUGUUUUGCAUUCAGAUACCGAGACAACGCCCGAUGGAGCUGGUUUGGGGUGUGUGCAGAACGCAAAGGUCCUCAUCGAUUUGAAAGAUGUAAAUAUUUCCUACAGAAAAACGCCUGUGCUCAACAACAUCCACUGGCAAGUCAGGGCUGGUGAAAGAUGGCAUCUUCAAGGCUACAAUGGAUCCGGGAAAACCACCCUCUUAUCGCUAGUGACUGGCGAUCACCCUCAAUCAUAUACCAAGGAUAUCACGCUAUUCGACAAACCUCGCGCUCGCAUUGCCACGACACAGCUUUCGACACUCAUAGGCACUACAUCACCCGAAAUCUCAUCUUCAUUUCCUAGAUCCACAACUCUGACAGCCUUCGACGUCGUCGCUACUGGCUACAUGGGCGUUUACUGCUUCAGACCGACGCGAGAUGAGGGAGAGAAAACACGCGUUUAUCAAAUUCUCCGAGAGUUGGCUCCGGCUGUCGAUCCUAGUGCCUCAUUCACCACUCUCAGUCAGAGUGAAAAAAGCUGCCUGUUCUUAGCGCGCGCGCUAGUAAAUAGAUCUCCGCUACUUAUUUUAGACGAACCCUUCCAGGGCAUGACUGCUCAGGACGUUUACAGGUCGCGCAUGUAUUUGCAAACUCAACUAGGGAGUGAACAAGCGGUGGUUUUUGUCACUCAUUACGAAACUGAAGUGCCUUGGAAGAUUGAUCAAGGUAGAUACAUACGUUUGAGAGAUGGAUUUGUCGAAAAGAUUCAUUAA